AUGAAGACUCAAAAAGUAACGAAAUCCUCCAAAUUCACGCAAGCCAGUCCGAAUGACAACGAAUACCAGAACAUAGGUCUGACCGUACUGCCAGUGUCGCCAUCUGAUGAGGGCAAUCAGAAUGUGGAGAGAAAUCCCAACAAAUUCAACCUGACAACCAUAAGCAAGAAUCCCAACAAGCUUCUCCAUUCCAGAUACAGUCCAGAGCGAAACGCCAAUCGGCCUCAGCAGCAGCAACAGCAGCAGCAACGCGGCCACGACCUCGAGCUGUGCAACUGCAUCACUCCCAUCUACACGGGGCCAAAAACCCGGGGCGUAGGACUAGUCCUCCACCGGUCCUUCGCUUCCCUGCCCAAGCUCGAGAACGCCAAUCUCGGCCAGGACGACAAGGCGGGGAAGUCCGGCAGGAAUCCUGGCCAGGAUGACAAGGCGGGGAAGUCCGGCAGGCCGAGACACACGUUCGCGUGCGAGCAGAACAGGAGGGUUUUGCGGGACGAGGCGAUUAUGCGGCGGAUGCAGGGCCCAGAGAUUAUUAAUAUACACCAGGGGGGCUUCGAGGAUUGUGAAGUGGGGUUCAAGUGCAAGGAUCACGAGUUCAGGAGGGGGCACAGUGUCAGGACUGCGGGAACGAGAUCCAUAAUUUCCGGUCACCAAAAGAGACGACCUGCCGGAGACGGCAUGGACUCUGAGAUGGACGAGUCGGAAUUCGCGUUCGGAAUGUCGGGACAUUUGGCGAUAGUCCUGGCUGAAACGUGGAUUUUCAGGCCAUCGGAAGUAAUUGAAAUGGCGCUUCGAGAGCUAGAGACAAUAGAAAGGAUUAUCGAUUGGAGGAAAACCCCAACGAGGAUACCUUUCAUUGAAUCGCCAAUCAACUAA